UUGUUGGUGGGGAGUUCCUGUUUUUCUUUUUUUUCAGACAGGGUCUUGCUGAGUAGUUCAGGGGCUGGCCUCAAACUCAUGGCAAUCCUCCUGCCUCAGCCUCCUGGAUGCGGGGAUUACAAGCAUGUGCCACCAUGCCUGGCCCUGUGGGGAGUUUCUGAACCCCCUUUACCCAGAAGGUCAGAGGUCAGAGACCCUGGGGCUGCUCACUUGGUUUGGGUGCAACAGAGGACUCCCCUUUUCCUGGGCUGUGGCACUGAGGGGGCAUCUGGAAGGCAGGUCCUCCUGUCCUGUUGGCCCUGUGUGUGUGUGGGAUGCUUCUGACUGCAGGACUGCCUCUGGGACCCCUGCACAUCACCCUAAAUCUCUGCCCUUCUGCACACAGGGAGGCACAGGCCUGGGAGACCUGGGCAGCCCCCAGAGGAAGGGGCCGCCUGACUCAGAGUUACAGGAAGACACUGCAGGCGGGGCAAGAGCCACCAACUGCCUGCCCCGCCAGGGGAAGGGGUGGGUGCUUGGGUGGGGUUUAGGUUUAGGAGAGGAUGUGACUGCAACACCAGGAAGCUACAGGGAAAGUUCUGAUUAAAACAUACAUCAACAAAACCCAGGUCUUCACUGAGCUUGGCUAUGACUCACAGGCAGCUGAGGGUCUGUGACUGCUGCCUGCCGCCCAGCUGAGGGGAGAGCUUGCUUCCCACCACAUGAGCAACCUCAGUGACCAACUCCUUCCAGCAGGAAAGAGCUGGAACCAGCAGCCUCUGACUUGUGUAGGCACCCUGUCCAACCAGUCACAAGGACAGAGACAGGCCCUGCAGAGCCCUUGGUGGACCCGUCUGCUCUGUCAAGGAGCCCCAUCGAGCAGAGGUGGCCCCAGAGUCCAGCCUGCCUUGAAGAGUCCCCAGCCAGAGUCCAUGGCAGGUGUCUGUGACAGGGCCCCAGACUUCCUCUUCCCAGCUGAGGACCACGCCCUAGGACCUUCCCUGGGCAGUGCAGUUGCUCUGAAUUGCACAGCUUGGGUGGUAUCUGGGCUCCACUGCCCCCCACCUUCAGUCCAGUGGCUAAAAGAUGGGCUUCCACUGGGCAACGUAAACCACUACCAUGAGGAUUCCUGGGUCAAGACCAACUUCUCAGAGGUGCUUGUGUCCAGUGUCCUGUGCAUCAAUGUGACCAAUGCUGAGGACUAUGGGACCUUCACCUGCUCUGUCCGAAACGUCAGCUCCUUCUCCUUCAGUCUUCAGAGAGCUGGCCCCGCAGGCCACGUGGCUGCGGUGCUGGCCGCCCUCCUGGUCUUGCUGGUCCUGCUGCUCGCGGGGCUGCUCUAUGUGAAGUGUCGCCUCAACGUGCUGCUCUGGUACCAAGACACGCAUGGGGAGGUGGAGAUGAACGACGGGAAGCUCUACGACGCCUUCGUCUCCUACAGCGACUGCCCGGAAGACCGCAAAUUCGUGAACUUCAUCCUGAAGCCGCAGCUUGAGCGGCGUCGGGGUUACAAGCUCUUCCUGGACGACCGCGACAUUCUGCCGCGCGCAGAGCCCUCGGCCGAUCUCCUGGUGAACCUGAGCCGCUGCCGGCGCCUCAUCGUGGUGCUUUCGGACGCCUUCCUGGGCCGGGCCUGGUGCAGCCACAGCUUCCGGGAGGGCUUGUGUCGGCUGCUGGAGCUGACGCGCAGACCCAUCUUCAUCACCUUUGAGGGCCCGCGGCGCGACCUGGCGCACCCUGCGCUGCACCUGCUGCGCCAGCACCGCCACCUGGUCACCCUGCUGCUCUGGAGGCCGGGCUCUGCGAUGGCGUCCUCUGAUUUUUGGAAAGAGCUGCAGCUUGCACUGCCGCGGAAGGUGCGGUACAGGCCAGUUGAGGGGGACCCCCAGACCCACCUUCAGGAUGACAACGACCCCAUGCUGAUCAUGCGAGGCCGUGCCGCUGAAGGCCGGGCUCUGGAGCAGGAGCUGGACCCUGAUCCCGAGGGAGACCUGGGUAUGCCUGCCCGGCCACACUGACCAAGACUGCCCAGGGUAGGGGAUGGGCAGGUCGGGGGGAGCUGAGGGCCCCUGCGACCUGUGGAAGGUUUGAUCACCAACCCAGCAGCCCCUGGGUAGGGGAGGACUUCCUAGGCAUUGCCUGGACCUCCAGUGCCACCAUGGCUGGGGUGAGCAGGCUACGUUCCUGGUGACUGCCUCGGCACGGUCUUGGCACAAGGGAGGCGUGGGCAGCCCAGCCUCAGGCUUGUGUACCCUUCAGGUGUACGAGGGCCUGUCUUUGGGGAGCCACCAGCCCCACCGCAUGCCAGUGGGGUUUCGAUGGGAGAGGGCCAUAGCAGCGAGAUGGACGUCUCCGACCUUGGCUCCCGAAACUACAGUGCCCGCACAGAUUUCUACUGCUUGGUGUCUGAGGAAGACGUGUAGCCCAUGCCCCAGUCUGGGACCCAGGAGCA